AAAAAAAUAGUGAAAAUGGGAAACAUUCAGACGAACGAAAAGCAUACGAAGGGAAAAUCGCCGGCGAAAGGUAAAAAUUUCAUCCGAAAUUUGAAUAGAAAAUCGUCAGGGCGCGACAGUAGGAAACAUGGGAAGAAGAAAGACGGCAAACGCGACGCCAUCGACCGGGAGCUCGAUAAGACUCCCGACUCCGAUAACAUUGAACACAUCGACGAUGAUAACGACACGGUCGAGUGCGUGUUCAAAACAGUGAGAGAUGCGGAGGGCGAGGAGGUAGCGGCGAGCAGGUGCGCGCGGUCACCGACCCUCGGCCUCGCAGCCUCGCCCUCCGGAGACUCCGAGUCAGUGUUCACGGACCCGCUCACGCCGCUCGCCGUCGAGCUAAACCAGUGUUACUACUCCGCGGAGAGCGACAGCGCGCACGAUGAAGCGCCUAGGACUCUGACGCCGGCCGAUGCGCCCGCGCAACACUCUCACCCGUCACUACGGUCUCUUUCCCCGACCAUAGAUAUAGAAAUGCCGCACGACGAUACCGCCUCCGCGCUGUCCGCCUCCGACGCGGACAGAGAAGAAAAAAAUGACGCGUAUGACAACGACAGUGAUGAAAAGGUUAUGGGAGCUGUAUAUUCAGGGUCGAAGAGCCAGCGUUUGGAGCGGGGUGCGCACGAGUGCAACCAUGAGUUUCGCGAGAACCGGCUCAAGGCUUGCCCGGGGCAGACCUCCUUCACUUUGUCCAAACACAGGAAGGUGGAACUACCGCCCGUGGCAUGCGAUAGCGCACUUCUGGAUAAUGAUAAGGACCGCCGCCACUCCAGCCUUAGCGAUGCGCCCCCUUCGGACUCCAACGUGCUGCGGAAGGUGGCGUCUCUGACCCUGGAGAAACUGACGGACGCCAAGGUGGUGCGGCCCAAGUUCGUCCCGGAGAAACUGGACUUCCAUUUGCAUGAGAAGUUCGAAGGGCAAAUGCUUCUAAACUGGUUUGCAUCAUACAUAUCAGAAAAUAGCCAUCUGAAAACAUUGCUCAGCCCUCAGGACCUAAAAACACUUGGAAUACAGUAUUUCACCUGUUUGCUGGCAGCAGGGGUCUUGCGACAGAUUGAGGACAGAGAUGCGCCUACCGAAACUGUUUUUAAGCCAAAUGUGAUGUAUAACUGGGCACACAUGGAGACACCGGCAGCACAAACAAUAACCCCGGGCCGCAUUCCCCCCACUCUAUGGUCAACUGACAAAGAACAUCAGAUUGGCCAGGGACACAUCACCAAUUACUGCACAAUAGAAAACCAUAGGACCUGCAAUCAAAACAAUAAUGAUGAAAUCAACGAUAUAAAUGAAGCAAAAAUUCUCAUAUCACAACUAAAAAGAAAAUUAAUAGAGUUAGAAUUCCAAUUAGAAAAAUAUAAAAUUAGUGCUCAAAUCGAUACAUUAAACAAAAACUUGGAAAUGAGUUUUGAUGUUGAACACAAAGCAGUGAAUAGGAAAAGAACAGAUUUAGUAAAUAAAGAAGUGCAAACAUAUGAAUUAAAUAGAUUAUCUGAUAAACCUGUGAUAAAUAUACCUGAAAAUGACACUCAUGUAAGAACAAACUUGAAUAAUGAUAAUAAUAUGUUAGUUGUAAGUAGUAUAGCAAAAGAUGUUAAUAUUAUACCUGAGAGAUCUGAGAAAAUAGAGAAUUAUUGUAAAUUGAAUAAAAGCAGGGAUUACAAUCAGUCAUAUGUUGAAAGUGAACAAUGCACAGAUAAUGACAAUAUUGUUGAAACACAAACUAAGAAUAUAGAAUCUUCAGUCCCUGAUGUGAAAUCAUCAAAUCAUUCCAGUGUCAAUGCUCGAGACAGUUCCUCUGAUGCAUCAUUCCUAAGCACAUAUGCUGAUUUGCCAUGCUCACAGAAAAAUGAUUACCCAUUGAAAAUUGCUGCAAACUCAUUAAAUAUUUCAUCAGAUGUAAAUUGUAACGAUGCUGAUGAUAAAAAAGAUGGGUUGAACAGUAGCAUAUCAAGGAAUAAAAAUGACAAUAUUGAGAUGGAUAGUAUGAAAUCUGAAAUAACUGUUGUGAAUGCUACGAGUACAGUUUUUGCUCCCCUUCCUCCCCCGUCGCCAGGAAUGUCUCCCCCGCCGCCUCCAAUGCCAGGGACAGAGUCUUCGGAGUCUGUAAAUACAUCUUUAAAUGUAACAAAUGUGACCAGCCCGAGUAUUUCUACAUCUGAAGUAGAAUCUCUAUCUACGAAGGCUGUAAAAGAUUCAUCAGCAUCUCUUGUUGUUUCCUCGUCAGUGUCGAGUUCAGGUUCCUCCUCCCCGCCACACCCAAAAUGUGAAACAAGUCCAAGUCAUUCUCCCCCAGUGGCGGAUAUUGCGCCGCCUCCCCCUCCGAUGCCAGAAGUAGUACCACCUCCACCCCCUCUAAUGCCAGAAGUAGGACCAUCACCACCAUCUAUGACAGGAAUUGAACCGCCUCCCCCACCUAUAUCCGGAAUGGGCCCCCCUCCGCCCCCUCCGAUGCCAGGAAUGGGUCCUCCGCCACCUCCGAUGCCAGGAAUGGGUCCUCCGCCACCUCCGAUGCCAGGAAUGGGUCCUCCGCCACCUCCGAUGCCAGGAAUGGGUCCUCCGCCACCUCCGAUGCCAGGAAUGGGUCCUCCGCCCCCUCCGAUGCCAGGAAUGGGUCCUCCCCCACCUCCGAUGCCAGGACUGGGUCCACCUCCGCCUCCAAUGCCAGGAAUGGGUCCACCUCCGCCUCCAAUGCCAGGGAUGGGUCCACCUCCGCCUCCAAUGCCGGGGAUGGGCCCCCCUCCACCACCCAUGUCUGGAUUAGGUCCCCCACCACCUCCCCCCGCGCCCAGCAUGGGCUCAUCCGCCCCCGCGGCGCCCCCGCCCCCAAACAUGGGACCCGUUCCCUUCCCAGCCCCACCCGUUGGCGGUUGGAAUGUACAAAGAGCAACGUUACGUAAAACCCCCAUCAAACCGGCGGCGCCAAUGAAACCUCUGUAUUGGACGCGGAUCUUAGCACCACCAGACCCACAGGUGCACCAAACCGAAGAGGGAACAGCGAAAUUGAAACCGUUGUGGCUGGAAAUUGAAGAGGCAAAAUUGGACAAUAUAGAUGAAUUCACGGAUCUGUUCUCUCGGCAAGUGGUGAAAGCGCCCGUCAAGAAAAAGGUCGAAGUGAAAACAAAGAUACAGCCAGUGAAAAUAUUGGACAGCAAGCGGUCACAGAAUGUGGGCAUUUUAGCGCAGAGUUUACAUGUAGAGUUCUCGGAAAUUGAGAACGCUAUUUACAAUUUUGAUACGUCUGUGGUCAGUUUGGAAGCGCUCCAACAGAUAUAUGAAUUGAGAGCAACCGACGAGGAACUGAGUUUGAUCAAGGAGCACCUGGGCAGCAGGUCGGACGCCCCCCUGGACAAGCCCGAGGCCUUCCUCCACGACCUGUCCGGGAUACCCAACUUCGCGGAGCGGAUAUCCUGUUUCAUGUUCCAGGCGGAGUUUGAGGACUCCAUUAGCACGAUAAUGCACAAACUGGACAAUUUGAAGCACACUUGUGAGUUUCUCAUGACCAAUGAAUCUCUGAAGAAGUUGUUUGCAAUAAUAUUGACUCUUGGAAAUUAUAUGAACGGAGGCAACGGGCAGAGGGGACAGGCGGACGGGUUUGGACUUGAGAUAUUGUCCAAGUUGAAGGAUGUCAAGUCGAAGCAGUCCAACGUGACGCUGCUGCACUUCAUCGUGCGCACGCACACGCGCGCGGCGGGCGGCGGCGCGCUGCCCGUGCCCGAGCCCGGGGACGUGGCGCGCGCCGCCGCCACCGACUUCGCCGACGUGCGCGCGCAGCUGGACCAUCUGGGGAAGCAGUUGGCUGGUUGCAAAGAGAAAAUGAAGAAAGUGAUAGACACGGUAGCUCAAAAUCACGAGGAAAAUUCUACAGCCGAGAAACGGCACGAUGUUUUCAAAGAGAAGAUGACAACAUUCAUGAACUCUGCUGAAGAGAAACUAAAGACUGAAUAUGAGAAUUUGGAGGAUUGUCAGUGCAAGUUUGUAGCCACUGUUAGGUUCUACCAGUACUCCCCUAAAUGUGGGAAAGUGGAGGACUGCGAGCCGAAAGAGUUCUUCUCGUUGUGGACUUCGUUCUGUAGCGAUUUUAAGGAUAUAUAUAAGAAGGAGGAGCAGAUGGCGAUAAAAGAAAGAUUGAAAGAGGCCAAAAAGCAACAGGGCGAAAGGAAAUCACUCACGCAACCGAAAAAAGAGGGCGGAUUGAAAGCGCGCUUACAGAAAUUGUCGAGUACAACUAAAAAAUGAAAUUGUAUCGCGCCGCAACGAACGAAUCUAAUCCUAACCUAAUUUAAGUUAACGCACAAAUAUUGCCAUCGAAUAUUACUCGUAUUAUGGUUUUUUUUUGUACAAAUUAUUCCUUAAGUAGUUACGUCAAACAGAGCGCCAUUUUGACAGUGACGUUGUAAAAUUUGGGAAAAACAAAUUUAUGGACAGAUCAUAAAGCUUGCUUUUGCUCUUGAGCAACGCUAAAAAAGGCGACAUUAAAUGUCUUACGGGUAAGACAGAGUUAAGUCUCUAAAUUUUGCUGUCAACAGCGACACUUGUAAAGAAAAAAAUAUUGUAAAAAAAAGUAAUUUGAAUUAAAGAGAGGCUCGCGCGACCAGAUUAAUGCGGCUCUCUGAAAUAAGUUUGGGUGCAAACUACUUAAAUCUUUAAAACAUUCCAAUAUCUACUGUUUGUUGUUUAACUAUGAUAGCAUAGCUGUUAUAUGUUUUUGUUGAAUUUUCAAUUGGGCUGUUGAUCUGUGAAUUUGAUUUUACACGAAAACAUGUACUUGCAUUAAUUGGCUAGGAUUUUUUUAUAUAGGUAUCUGAAAGUAAAACAAUAUUUCAAUGCGACUUCUUUAUUUUAAAAUGAUUUAAACUUUUGUAUUUGUGGCGACCUCUCUACGCCAUAAGUCACAACAACCAAACACGCGACGCUGUCAGUCAAAUACAGCGAAAUGUCUGAAUCACGCAAGCAAAUGUUCACGGAUUGGAUUGAAAUCAUUAAAAACCUUGUUUUCGUAACGUGACGUCAUAAUCCUAGCAAGUGCGUUAUACAAGUGUUACUCUUACCUACUGUUAAGGAUGUUGCUAAUUAUAAAGCCUCUCUACUUAUUUAACUAAUUAGUUAUAAUACAAGGAUUGUAAUCUGUCUCGUAUAAAAGAACAGAUACCCAUUACCUGCUCGAAGUAUGACGUCACGCAGACUACCCCGAAAUCAAUUGAUUUAUCAAUUUAUUCCUGAACAAAUAUAGGGUCGUUUAAUUAUAUUUAUAAAGGAAACUUAAAUUCCGUGAGCAUUUAUUACUCAGGGUGAAAAUACUUGCAAAAUUUAUUUUUUAUUGCUCAAUAAUUACAUACUAAGUAUAUUAUAAAAAGCUCUCUGCAAUAUUUCGAGCUUAGAAGUUUAGCAGAAUCGGCUUUGUUUUUUAUAUAUACCAUUAUGUUAUAUAUCUUUUCAAAUCUGUAUGGCGCUUAUCAGUUAAAUAUUUUGAAAGUCUUUAUGAUAAGUAAUUGCCAACUUUAUACCCAAUUACGUGUAUGUAUUGUUAAUAAUGUACAUAGUAAAUGCUACACCAUGAGACUGCAGUUUAUAAAGAUAUUGUUUAUGGCUACCCCAAUCUACAGAUAUAUUUGGAACUACAAUAAAGUGUUGAUUUGAUUUUAAAAAUAUACUAUCAGAUAUUAACCUCUCAAUUUUAGG